CUUCAUGAUAAGUAACAGGUGGGGGAGAUACUAGUACAUAUUUUUCAUAUUCAGACUAUUCAAUGAGAUAAAGUCUACAUAGCAGUUAUUCCAUGGUCUCAUGGACAGUGGUUAUAAACAUAAUUGCAUGAUAGUUGGCAAAAACUUUUUAAUUCCGUCGAGUCAGUUUGAAAUAAUUUACUCGUUUCUGUCUUUGCCAGCGGCACGUCUUUUUUAGGAACAUGCGACGGUUAUUUUUAAAUGUGACCAACACAAAUGAGUUAAUCAAUAAGGUAAGAUAUUCAAAUUCAUUUUCAUCAUAUUAAUUACAUCGCAAUAGACUUACGUUUUAAUGAUUAAGGUUUCUUUCAGUUUGCCUGCCUGCUAUAUGGGCUCUUCUGAGUAUUGGUUUUCAAACGCUUAAAAUAAGAAACCACAUCGCUUUCAAAAUUGUGAAAGCUCGCCGAUUAUUGACUGUUUGAACCGUCACGAGAAAGUGACCCUUCUAUCGGUGCUCGUCAGAUACUAAAGCGUAACAUUGAUUAGGAGCUGAUUUUAAUCCGAUUGACCUAAUUAACAAAUUGUCUAGUAAACGAUUAAAAUCUUUAUAAACCUUGUUCCUAGAACAAAAUGUUGCUCUAUCCCAAGGCUUCUUUACAUAACCUUUUACUUUGUUUCAUACUUUGCUCGGUUGUUAAUUACAAGUUUCAUUCAACACCAUGCCUGCAUGUCGAAAUAAAGAGUAUCUUACUGUGUAUUGCUUGUUAAUUCUUUUUUACGGAAAUUGCCUGUUUAAUUAUUAUUUUAUUUGUAGCAUUACAUUCUUGACUUGGUAAGAAAUAACCAAUUAAAACAGUAUUCAGGUAUAACCCAUCAUACCUGCUUAAUAUACACCAAGUUGCUGGUGAUUAUGAUGUUUGCCAGCUACGAGUAUUAUGCAGAGGGUUUAUUGAGAAAUUUAGUUGGUCUUGUUAUGUCUGAAAAGGAAACAGACGUAAGACCUGUUUAUUUACAAGUACAAAUACUUCAUGCUAAAUUGUAAUUUAGGGAAUAGUUAAGGAGUAUUUAAAUGCUUAAAUUUUGGAGCACAGUAAUGGAUAAAACUCGUAUGACAUGGUAUAAUAAAAAGCAAAAAAAUAUAGUAAAAGGUUACAAACAAAUUGAUAAUAUCUUAUAACAUAUUCAUUUGGACAGUUUGUUAUUUAUGUUCAAAAUAUCAAGAUAAAAAACACUGUUUCGAAUAAUAUUGUAAACAAAAGGAUCUUCAACAUGAUAAAGUAGGCUUGGAUAAACAACUGCCGUAGAUGUUAUUGACAGUUUCUGUCCAGAAUGGAUAUCUUUCCUUUAACUAAUGAACCAUCAAUCAUUGAAACAUAUCCUGAACUUGAAAUCUUACAGAAAAUACUCAAGAGUUUUUGAACUUAAGAUAAUAACUCCGCUUAUAAGACGCUAAAUAAAUAUGUAUUGUCAUAAAUCUACAUACGAUAAGGGUUCAAAGUAUACAAACCUUUUGAAGAUAUCAAGUAUUAAUCAUUAGAAGAUCGAUACAACACAAACUUUAAGGCAGACCUGACAACGUGUGAGAAAAAGAAUUAUCAGAGUCGUGAUUUAAACACGCAACAAUCUAAGACCUGACUUUGAUUAUUUGGUAUAUGCAUGGACGUCAAAGGUCUUAUUCAAAUAUUUUCAGCGACUCUUGUGCCUUAUCUCAAUCCAGCUUUUUUAUUUGAUAAGCCAAAGAAUAACUCAAACAAUUUAUACUAGAAGUAAAGAUUUACAAAUUCACAUGCUCCGAUAACCUAUCUUUUUUACAUGAUAUAUUUUACAGACUUUGAUACCCGAGGACUCUGCAUGUUUGGAUCGAUGGAACACUGUGGGCUUACUUAUGUAUGUCACUAUUGUACGAUAAAUCCGUAAGACCGCUGUGUGCACUUGAAAAUAGCACUGUGUGCACAUGAUAAAUAAACUGAAUGUGCACUUGAUAAAUGGCAAACAAUUUGAUGGAACAUUCAUUAAAGGCACCUUGAGAGUAUUUGUUGCACAUCCACCGAUAUCACUACAUCAUCACAAUCAUGUAAUACAAAUAAGAGAGACAAUGAGCAAGAUGUUGUAUUUAUACCUCACUGUUGUGAAUUCGAUAUGGAUGUAUUCUCAAAUUGAAGCGUUUGUUUGUCCAAGUGGUGCUAAAGAGGUCGGCGGUAUUUGUAUUAGAUAUCAUGAAGGAUCUUAUCAUUGGAGUCAAGCAAGAAAUGAAUGCAAAAGGAGGUAUGGCACAGAUUUACUUGUGAUCAGAAAUAAUGCCGUUUUUAGAGAUGUCCAGAACGCUGUCCAAGGGCGAGGAGAUCAUGGUUUUUGGGUUGGUGCAAAAGGUAGUGGCGGAUCCUUCACGUGGGUAAAUCAUCAGCCUUGUUGUGGGGGAUACUGGAAUCCUGGUGAGCCAAAUGGAGAUGGAAAUGAUUGUGUCCAUGUAUGGGACAGCCAGCCUGAUAAAGGUUUAAAUGACGUACCAUGCGACGAUCCAAUCGGCUAUAUCUGUGAAGAAUGUCCAGAAAUUGACCUGUGCGAACAAAGACAUUGCACACAAAUUUCCGACACUGUCUGUGACAAAUGUAUAGAUGACAACGUGUUCUACAAACGAACUCAUUUAAACACAAAAUGUGAAAGAAUGUGUUCAUUUGACGACAAUCCAUGCUGGCCGGGCAGAUGUUCUAACGAACUAACGACCAGCUGUUCAUGUGCACCGGGAUUCGUUCUUGCAAAAAAUUCAAGUCAAACUAUGUGCCAACUGAGUGCCUCUAAUACGCCUUCAAUCAAUAAUUGUCAAACGCGAGUGGGUGGGGUAAAUGGUGAAGCUAAAAGAACGACGGCGGGAAAAUGUCAGGAUCUUAAGGAUUUCUACGGCAAUUUUCAACCAACAACUAUAUCUAUUGACAUGCAGUCCGAUUUUAUAAUUGAUGUCACAGCUUAUGCAACAAAACGGCCAAAAUUCAUUAGCGAAGAAAAGUUUGGCAUUUCUGACACCUCUAUAUACCUACAAAAAGAACAGAUCGAUGGCAGGAAACGAACUAUUGAAACACAAGUGCUUACAUCUGAUAGAAGUCACAGUGAAAAUGUUAAAGAGACAGAUGCUCAUGAAAGCAAUUUCACCUUGCCGCAACCAGAAUACAAGCUUGCAAACGGUGAAAGGCUCUGCAUUCAGUUCGAGGCAAAAGGAGGUGGCUAUGUAAAAAGAAAAGACUUUCGGGGUUUUAUAACGAUUAAAAAUGCAUUACCAUACACAAAGACCUCAACGACAGAAACCAUUUGCUACCGUUACGACGACUCAAGCCCGGAGCAUUGCCUAGAGAAAAGAAACUGUAUUGGUGGUGAAACUGAACCUUUGCAAAUAUCUAAUCGUAUAACAAGAUCGCCAAUUAUACCCGUUACAUUUUCUGGUUGGAUGGAUCCAAUACCGAGAGGAGGAAACAGCUUGCAUGCAUCUCAGAUAGAGUCAUAUGAAAUAACUGUUAACGAAGUAAGUAAUGGAUUAGUUGAUACAAAGAAAGUAUAUAGCACCAAAGUGAACGUCUCGGGAUCAGUUUUGACAAAAGCGACUCUAAAUCUAACGUCUGAUACACCUAGACUUUAUUCAAUAACAUUAGAAGUUAAAGAUGUUGCGGACAACGUUCGACAAGCUCGACGUUUUGUAUUAUAUGACAAUACAACAAGCAUCACUUCUAGGGCAGAUAAACCAUUCACCAUAGUAUCUGCUUCAAUCGCUACAAAUUAUACCUGGCAGACUCACCACAAUGAUAUUUGUCUCAACUGGAAAGAUUAUUUCUUUAACAAAUAUUACAUGGUCAACCAACUCCUAGGGAAAAUAAAUCCUGAUAGUCAUGGACUAAUAAAAGGAAUUUAUGAACAGAAUAAUGGAGUUUUACCUGUCUCAGGUACACCAAAUGUUCAUGGAAUCACAGGGUUUAAAUUUUCAUGGGGCAGAGAUGGUGUUAUAACUUCGUCGGACACUAUUGUUCCUAAAUUCCUUCAGCAAUCGUACUGCCAUUCGUUUAACCUCAGAGAUGGUCAGAUAUACAAUGUGCGCAUCGAAGCUAUCGAUAUUGUUAAUAAUACACACGCUGAAAAUCGAACAGUUUAUAUUGACAGAUCUGUACCGCAUAUCAAUAAUAUUUGGCUUAUGAAAAAUGGAGUAAAACGGUUAUUUGUACAUGACGGGACAGAUCUUUCAAAGAUGAACCUAACAUUUGAAGCGCUUGAUCCUCAUAGUGGUCUAUUGAAUAUUGAAUGGACAUUUGAAACCAUGGAUCCUAAACAGCAAUUAGGCACAGGUGUGAUCGGAGUUUCUCAGUUAGAGAAAGAGAGUUGUCCCAAAAACCUCACUGACAGUUGCUAUUGUCCUGACAUUGGAAAAUGUGAAGAUUUUAAGUACAGUAUUCCACUGAACAAGCUAGUUCAUGCUAACAAACAUAUAGGAAACCACAACCGUAACUAUGUCUUCACUAUCAAAGUAACAAACAAUGCAAAGCUUUGGAACAUAGAGCAGGUCGAUAUCUUAGUAGAUGAUUCUCCUCCAGAAAUUGGAGUUGUAUACGAAGGUUCUGUUGGUACGCAGGAUAUUGACUAUACAAGUGACGACAGCUUUAUUGUCAGAUGGCAUGGUUUUAUCGACCACGAGAGCGGCAUCAAAGAAUAUCGUUUGGGCUUGGCUGAUAUAUGUUUUGACAAUUCAAACCAACUUCUCAAUGACUCAGAUUUAAUAUCAGAGUUCACUACUGUAUUGCAUACUGAAACUUCUAUACGACUUAAGGCUAAUUUCACUGGCAAGAAAUAUGUAAACCUGAUUGCUAUCAAUAAUGCACUUGAGCCUUCUAAUGUAGCAUGUUCAGAUGGCAUCACAAAAGAUAAUGUAGCACCAUCUAUUCGUAACAUAAGCAUUGAACAUGGUAAAUGGUCAGAGUCGAUCACUUGUCUUCAGGGAAAUGCUUGGUUACUAACUUCGGAUUUAAGAAAAGAAAGGUUACCAGAUAGCACUGAGUGUACAAAACGAUGUGCAAAUGACACUUUAGAAUCAGCCAUACUUGAGCUUUUGCCAAAUGUCGCCGGGCCUCUAAACAAUGACACAGACAUUGGUGAUUUCUUAUGUAAAAAGCUUCCGAGACAUACAUACGAUACAAUAAUAUAUUUACCAAAUGACCGUAUUGUUCUUAAUUGGGAUAUUGCCAAGGGCUUAGCUCAAAUUGAAGACUUUACUGUCGGAUUAAGUCAGACGUCAGGACACUCAUCAGCUUUAGACAUUAUGGACUUUGAACCUACGAACGGUAAACAGUUCUUCCAUAUGCAUCAUAUAGGGGUUGGCUCGGGAGAUUUGUUCUAUAUACAUGUCAAAGCAAUAAGUAAAGCACACAAAGAAGCAGUAUCAGUGAUAGGGCCUAUCAUGAUAGAUGAAACUCCACCAUACUUUAAAGAGACACCUAGUGUAACAAUCAGCGGCGAUAAGCUUCUUGUCGGUUGGAAAGAUGAUUCUAUUUUUGACUUAGAGCAAAAUGAAAAGAUCAAUCAAAUCUUUUUUCAGAUAGUGCACGACGGGAUUACUGUAACACCAUUGCUUGAAUGGCGUUUGGAUGACGCAGAACUAUGCUCUAGUUAUCCAGGAGGUUGUUUCAGAUAUCCUCUUGAAAAGCUGCAAAGAAUAGAUACAGAUAAAGGACUGCACUUCGCUGUUAGAUUGUACGCAUAUAACAACGCCGGUCAUUUUACUAUCAACGAAACAGAAUCUUUUCAAAUUCCAUCGCGAUAUCCUCCAGGUCAAGCUGUUGUUAAAGAUAUAGAUCCUGCAAGAACUGCUAGCAGUUUAAAUGGGAAUUACCGAGACGUCGAUGUUCAUUUUAAACCUAACACAAUAUGUUCUCAAUGGAUCGGUUUUAAACACCAUGAACAAAUACAUAUAGAGAUCGGAAUUGGAACAGAUUGGACACAAGCAAAUGUCAUUCCAUUUCAAUACACAAACAAUUCAAAAAUGUCGUGCAUCAGUUCGCCAGAUAUACAUUUUGAUACCAAGUACUUCGUUCUCCUUCGUGCAUCUUGUUCUGGGGGAAACACUACGUCUACGUCCAAUGGCUUAACAGUAUUGAAUAAAACUGAUUUAUUAAAUAACAUUAACAUCAAGAUUGGACAUACUUUCACAAAUAUUAGUACAAGGUCUUUUGUAAAUGGAUCCUCACAAGAAAUUUGUUUUACAGGUGAUUCUGACAUUGGUGCAAGAUAUGAGCUUUAUUUAUAUAAUGCUUCUUUUGACCUAAAUAUAACUUCUAACGACAUUUUUGAAUAUAGCAAAAUGUAUGACAGAAGUAAUAAAAGAUUAAAACUUGAAAUUAUACCCUUCAUCAAACGUCCUUGCAUGAUGAUUAGUUCCGACAUAAGUAAUACAGUAUUUGCAGAGCUUCGUAAAAAAGAGUACGACGUUGUGAAUGGAAAUCGGUAUCUUUAUGUCAGUUGGAGUUACAAAGCGUCAGAACUGUUACAGAAUUUACAGUUCAAAGUUGCAUUAGCCUCAUUCCUUGAUUCUAAAAUGAUUCGCAUGUCUAGCUGGCAAAGGUCAUCAGGCCACACAACUCACGUGUUUGCUCAAAAGCAUAUUUUCAAUUUGGGAAAUACAUAUGCCGUUGCUCUGAUGUCGUGUACUAAUGUCUUCUGCUUAAACUACACACUGUCGCGCCAUUUUAAAAUUGAACGCAACAUUAAACCAGAGAAAAUAGAAUAUGCAGCCCUAACCGUUGAAGGCAACAACAAAUGCAUCGCUACAAAUAUAUCUUGGAGAAAAUUCGAAUCUAUGAGUGAGAUUACCAUAUAUCAAUGGUCAUUGAGCCGAGACAAAGCUGCAAAUGAUGUGUUGACGGAAUGGAAGGUCAUCAAAUCAGCCACUGCAGUAAAUAGCUACAAGGUUGAAGAGUGUGUACUUUUACCUGUGCACGGACACACUACUUUAUUCGCUUGCAUAAGGGCAUAUUCAACAGCCGGUAACGUUGCAAUAGAAUGUACAAAAGCUUCAACUAUCAUGAAAUCCGUGUACGAUAUAGACACUGUUUACGAUAUGGAUAUAGGUUCAAACUCAUGGCAAAUGAUUAAAGAGAUGCUUCAUAGUUCAAACUUAGGAAGUAAGAUGUCACUCCUGCAUGACAGGGAGGUAGAUUUUGGAACAUCUGAAACUCUCAUUGCUGGCGUAUUGAUGCAUGCCACAGAUCGUAAUGUCACGUGGUUUUUAAAGAGAACACCAGAAUUAGCUAAAUCGAUAGACUGCGAUAAAGACAAGGACUGCGUCCAUUCUGCAAUAAGUGAUAACGGAUUUAUGCCAUUUGACAUGAAUCUACUCAAACGGAACGAGGUUUUCUAUAUUUGUGCAUAUUCAAACAUGACUUUAGUGCCUAGGGAGUCAUUUGAAGAUAUACUCCCUGAAAUCAAGUCAUGCAGUAACGGCUUCAUAAUUGACGAUGUUUCACCUACGUUGGGAAAAGUUUUUGUGAAAAACUUUGGUGGGUACCUGACAGAAUCAUCAAAAAUAGAUAUAUAUUGGAAGGGGUUUGAUGACAAUACCGACGUGAACAAACUUGGAUAUAGAGACAGAAUAAAGUAUUAUUCCUAUUCAAUAGGGAAUCGACCGAGCGGCACAGAAGUAAAAAAUGAAACUGUCAUUGGAAAUACACACAGUAUUGUUGAACACAAUGUGACUUUUACGGAUGGGACGGAUGUAUAUGUAACUAUAACAGUGACAGACCAAGCCGGACUUUCAAGCUCUGUUUCAUCAAUGCCGCUAGUUGUCGAUACAUCACCUCCUGAAACUGGCGCUAUAAUCAUAGAAAGUGUUUUGGAUCGUUUGCCUUACCUAAGGUCUCCAAAAUGUAAAAUAAGUCUGACGGGGUUUAAAGAUCAUCAAAGUGGAAUUAAAAACUUUGAAGUCGGUGUCGGAUCAGAUGACGGAUUUGAAAACAUUUUGACAGGACUAACAUACGAUACAGAUCAUUUUGAAGUAACUCUUCCAGCAAUCGUGGAAGAUGGUCGUAAAAAUUAUAUCUCUGUGAAGGCUGUUAACAGAGCAGGAUUAUUAUCGGAUAUUGUGUCAGUACCGUUCGUUCUGGACAAGUCUCCACCAACGGGCGGACAUGUUAUUGACGGAGAUAGGACGCUUAAUAAGGAUCAAGAUUAUCAAGCAUCUUUGAGUUAUAUACAAGGACACUGGUAUGGAUUUGUCGAUCCACAAAGUGGUAUUAGAUACUACCGCGUAGGUCUCGGUAGCAGACCACUUAUUGAUGACAUUGAAAACAUGGUUAAUGUUGGUCUUCAAACAGAUAAAACUUGGAAUGGAACAUACCGCGUCGGUGUCAAGUAUUUCAUAACUGUUGAAGCAUGUAAUGGCGCAGAGGCAUGUCGUACAAUAUCUUCGGAUGGUUUGAUGCUGGACAACUCUCCUCCAAUCAGUGGAACAGUAAGAGUUGGAUCUGGUUCUCAACAUAGGAAAUAUUUACCACAUGGAGGAACAAUUCAUAUACAGUAUGCAGGAUUUGAAGACCCACAGUCAGGUAUAGAACACUAUGAAACAUGCAUCGGAACCAACACUAAACUUUGUGAUAUUUUACCAUUUUCGUCAAGUCUCCUUGAGUCAAGCAUUAUAAAAACGGGUCUAAACUUGACGAAUGGUAUCAGGUAUUAUUGUACAGUUAAAGCUGUGAAUAAAGUAGGUAUGCAGGUUGCAAUAUCCUCGGAUGCAUUUGAAAUUGAUACAACAGCUCCAGUUUUAGUAGAGAAACCUACCUUUUUACAUCUUUAUAAUUCGUCAGUAGGUAUAAAGGCACAAUGGGACAAGUCUAUUCUUCAUGUAUCAUGGAAAUUUGAAGAUUCUGAGAGUAAAAUUGCUAGUCAUAUAGUGUCUUUGAAAACGCACCAUGAAGGUCAUACACCAUUAAAACAUCUUCAUGUCGGUAACGUCGACGGACUGACAAUAAACUUAAAUGCAGAGAGUUGGCUUCAUAACGGAGAUGUAUACUACAUCGUCGUAGAAAGUUGUAAUGUAGCCGGACUCUGUUCUUUUGCGAGAUCUGAUAAUAUCUUGAUCGAUUCAACACCUCCUCAUCAAGGAGGAUUCAAACCACCCAUGAUCUGGCAGAAUUUCAUUGAUUUAAAUAACAGAACAAAAUCUAGGCUAUCUCUUACGUGGUAUGGCUUCAGUGAUGCAGAAUCCUCCAUUGACUUCUUUUUCUUGAAAGUAAGUAAAAGUUACACUGGAAAUGAAUUAUCACAAGGGGAUCUAGCAAUAAAAGCGAACGAUAGUAAAGAUUGUCAUGUUGAAAUUCUUCUAAAUGAACAUGUAAGUCAAGACGAUCUUCUCAUAUUGACAUUAUGGGCUAAUAAUACUGCAGGACUUAAUAGUACAAUGGCAAGGAUUACUGUCACUGCAUUGCUGACCGAAAGCGGUGUCUUUAAUUCAUCUGGUAUCCUUGAAAUUCAGAAACACUCGUGUGACGUGCAUUUUUGUAAUAAAGACUGUACUUGCGCAGUCAUUGGACAACAAUGUGUCCAAGUGCACUUAAAUGAAACGUGCAACGUGCUCAGUGAUUCAGACGUCACCAGGCUCAAAUUACCAAAAGUAAACGUUUUCGGCGGUUUGCCUGUACAUCCUUUGAAUAUGACUGUUUCCUCUGCUUGCCUCUCUGGACACUGGCUUGCACAAGAAAACGAAUAUUUAAUUCAACGAUACGAGUGGAGCAUGGGAAUUAAAGAUCAGCCUGUAGGUGAAGGAAUAUUUGAUCUUAAAUCAGAAAGGCCAUGGAACGAUGUUGGUAAGAACAAGCAAUCUAUUUAUUGUUUGCCGAUUACAAGCGGAUUACAGCAUGACACGGGUUAUAUCAUUUAUGUUCGAGCCUGGUAUUCCAAAAAUAUGUAUGCAACAUUCACAUCUGAUCCAUUAUAUGUCGACCAGACACCGCCACAUGUGACAAAAGGAAAGGUCAUAAAAGAUUCAGAUAGUACUUGUCUGUCUGAUUACGACAUAAUUGACUGGAUGGAUCAUGUUUCGGCCUGCUGGAAUGGGGUAUUUUCUGAAGGGAAGGGACAAGUAUCAUAUUACACCGUUUCGCUUGGGACGUCUAUUAAUGGAAGCGAUAUUCAACAAAUAAUAAACGUUGGCCUCAGUACGAAUUUGACUCUAACAAACUUAAAAUUAUCUCAUGGAACGAAAUAUUUCUUUACCGUUAACGCAUAUAACAACCUUGGCCUUCACAUAUCAGUCUCCUCGGACGGGUUUUUGGUUGAUAUGGACCAACCUGUCGAUGGAAUCGUGUUUAAUACAGACAAACAUUUGAACACUGACUAUCAAUCAUUAAACACAUCUUUUAGUAUAUCUUGGCAUGGCUUUGUGGACAGAUACAGCGGCAUCCGUUCAUAUCAUGUCGCCCUUGUCACAGACCUUGUUUUGGAUUAUACAAAUAUUUCAUUUACAAACGUAGGACUUCUGACAAAGUAUAUAUUUAGAGAUAUUAAAUUAGAGCAUGGUAAACGAUACAAAGGUCUUGUCAAAGCAUAUGAUAAUGCUGGCCAUGUAAGUCAUGUUUCUGAAUCUGAUCCAAAGCUGAUCGAUGUUACAAAACCAUCACUUAAAACCUGUGAGGGUUUUGAGACUGCGUUUGUUAAUCACACUUCUCUUGAAAAUGGGUUCUCUGUUGAAAUUAUUUCCGAUCUCUCGGCAAAUGAUUAUUAUAUAAUAUCUGGCAUGUUAACCAACUUUUCUAUUGCAUUGAUGCCCGUUUUAACGAUUGGCAGACAUAGAACUCAUUUACCAGUGACAAUAAAUCACAAUAGAACAGCUGAGUUUCAGUAUAGCUUCAUGUCAACACUCACAGGCAUGACGAACAUGCGGAUUGAUUCUCUGGAACUUGAUACUACAAUAAAACCUCCAGGAAUAAAGAUUUCAAAAUGUCUGAAAUUAAAAACUGCGCAGAAUGAUGUCAAUGUAAUCCAAAUAAAGCAGAUGGGAAAGUCACAACUGGCUGUGAAUUUCCUGAUUACGGACGAGGAAAGUUCUCUUCAUAAAGUUUUUCUUGGUGUUGGAACUACUUCAGACGGGUUUCAAGUACGCCCUUUGUUACCAUUUCUUGAAGGUGCCUCUAGUGUCAUUGAUGUUGAAAUUGAACACAACGCACUCGUGUAUGCCACAGUAGUUGCCGAAAAUAAUGCAGGUCUCAGAGCUGUAUUUAAAGGGGGACCAAUCAAGUAUGAUAAUACACCACCAGUUAUAACGGAUUUGAAGACAAGUAUUAUAGAAAAUAACAAUCACAAAGAAAGCAAUGGAACUGAUGAUUCACUUGAUAUUGUCGUAAACUGGAACGUUAUGGACCAUGAAAGUGGAGUGAAAUAUUGUGUUUGUUGGCUAGGCAAAGCACCCAGUGAAUCGGACAUUUCUGUAAUGCAUCUUUCCGACUCCAAGCAAUCUUGUACCUUCGAUCAACUUAACCUUGAACAUGGCGACAAUGUUUAUGUCUCUGUUAAAUGUAUCAAUAAUGUUGAACUAGGAUCUGAUAUCGUAUCUGACAAAAUUGUUAUUUCAUCGAAAGCACCGGACGUUUCACAAGCAAUAGUUCGUGUAAUAUCUCCUUUCCACGACGUAUCAAUUAAACAAUACCAGGAAGUUAAUGUAACAUAUAUUGUUGCUGACGGAACGUGUAUUAGACUUGAAUGGGACGGAUUCCAGGAUCAGUCAGGCUUGACAAAUUAUGAAUACCGUAUAACAUUCCAUAAUGAUACAGUUAUUGACUGGAAAGAUUCUGGCAGAAGUAAGGCGGUAGAUAUUAAAGGUCUAUCGCUCGACACUGGAGAAUUAUACAAAGGCGAAGUAAGGGCAGUUAACUCCGGCAACCAUGUCAGUGAUCCUGUAUUUGUAGGAUUCAUAGUCCAAAGAGAGCCUUCAGUAACAGGGAAACCUGUAAUGUUUGUUUUUGACGAUGGAAAACUGAAAAUUGAUUGGAGUAAAGUUUUUCUCCUCGAUGAAAACGUUGACGUUACAUAUGACGUCACAGUAGGAACGCGCCAUGGGUUUUCAGAUGUUCUUGAGAUGCAUAAUUCUGACAGAAGCUAUUGUGAAAUCGUCGUGCCUGAGUUGACGAUCGUCACGCCCAAGAUUAACGAACUUUAUGUCUCUAUAACUUGUAUGUUUUCUACUGGACUAUUUCAUGUCUACGACGCAAACUAUAAAAUCUAACAUUGAGUUUCAGUAAAGCACUGGAGGGAAAAGUGUUUAAGUGGAUAGUUCUUCUACUUGGUCAGAGGGACAAAUGUUAUGUUACAUAUCAUGUACCAUUGUAUGAUCAAUAUAAUUAAUAAAUGUACAGAAUAAUUAGUUUAUACAUAGAUAGCUAUUUCUGACUUUAUAGAUAUUUAAUGAUUUUUCACAAGGUAAAAAAGAUUUGUUUUCAUGUUGAUCUAUGUCUUUCCUUAGAGUAAUGUUAUUCUUCCACUGAUUCAGACAUGAAUUAAAUCUAGAUUUACCUUAUUUCAUCAAUAAGCCAUGUCAAGAUUUUACUCAAAAUCAGGGCAAAGUGAAACACUCACUGAAACUAACACUCACUAAUAACAAUUACUCUUCCACUCGAUUGCGAAAUGAUAUCGUGGUAAAAACGAUAGCUACUUUCGUACACGGGUAAAAAUAUUUUACAGGAGGUCUAUAUUGUGUUUUACUAAGAUAGUAAAUUUUUACAAGAUUUGAAAAUCAUUCAAAACAAGAAAUCAUGUAGUGAAAUUCCUUAUUUGAAUUUGAUCAGCUAUAGUUUAUAUACACUUGAGAUCAAGGCUGACAUGUGAAUUAUAGAGUGAAGUACUUUAUCAGUGAACUGUCAUAAGUUCAGAUGACAAAAGGGUGUAUAGGGCAAACUGAAACACUGCUCUUGGCCACGACAUACUAAUUUUAAAAUUGUUUUCAAAUUAAAAAUGACUAGAUUUACAUUAUUGAUAUUAGUCAAUUCCGCGUCGCCGUUAAUAUUCAUACACGAAUUCGCGAUGCGCGAAAGAAAAAAACCCCGAAUGAAAAGUACAAAGCACAUAUCAUAACAAAAAAGAACAAUUGACGAAAAAAUAGAGAGGAAACCGUUCAAGCUGGACAGCAGGAACUUAUUAUCCGGUGAAGUAGUUUAUUAUGGAAUUAUGUAAUUGAAUGUCAUUAUAUUUCAGUUUGGAGAUUUUGUCUCUAUUAUACUUACUGUUUAGCUUUGGCUUUGCCCCACGCAUUGUUUCACUUUGACUCGCAACACUCCACACAUAUUUUUCUCGCCCAGUUUGAAGAAUCAACAUCAAAGUGUCUCACGCAAAAAAAAUCAAAAUCGAGCCGGUCAUAUCAAAACUCGAAAAGGUGUUUCACUUUGCUCAGUCUACCCUAAAAUUCAUGCUCACGUAAAUAGCUCUAAUUUUAGAAACUUGUUUUGUUUACUUGAUUCUUGUUAAUUUUAAUAUAUGUUUGAUUUAUAUUCAAUUAAAUGUUUUUAUCAAACUUGA